UGCGAGUGCCCGUUUUCCUUUCUGCUGCACCGUGCUCGCUGUGGUAGGGUCGUCGCUGCCAGUGUUUGACUGCUGCGCCGUCGCUGCCGCUUUUUUUUCCUUCCUCCCCCAGCUCCUCUACUCGAUUCAUUCCCACUAUGGCCAACCCCGUCGUUUUCUUCGAUAUCUCCGCUGACGGCGAGCAUCUAGGGCGUGUCACCUUUGAGCUGUUCGCAGACAAAGUUCCAAAGACAGCAGAGAAUUUCCGUGCCUUGAGCACUGGGGAGAAAGGCUUUGGUUACAAGGGGUCCUGUUUCCACAGAAUCAUUCCUGGGUUCAUGUGCCAGGGGGGUGACUUUACCCGCCAUAACGGAACAGGUGGUAAAUCCAUUUAUGGCGAGAAGUUUGCUGAUGAGAACUUCCUCCUCAAGCACACAGGACCUGGCAUAUUGUCUAUGGCAAAUGCGGGUCCUGAUACAAAUGGGUCUCAAUUCUUCAUCUGUACUGCUAAAACUGACUGGUUGGAUGGGAAACAUGUGGUCUUUGGCAAAGUCAAAGAUGGAAUGAAUAUUGUGGAAGCAAUUGAACGCUUUGGAUCAAGGAAUGGGAAGACGAGCAAGAAGAUCACCAUCUCUGACUGUGGGCAGUUGUCUUAACAAUCAACCAUUCCUUCUGUAGCUGGGUUUAGUCCCCUGUAAUCCCUGUGCUCCUGACUUACUGCUGCUUUUCUAUUGGGUUUCGAUUUCUGUGCUCCCUCACAAGUCCAGCUGGACUGAAGACAACUUGGUCUGCAAAAUGAAAUAAACAAGUUAAACCACA